UAACAACAACUAUGGUGGCGGUUAUCCGCCAUAUUGACGAGCAUCUUUCAUUUCCUUUGCUGUAUACGCUGCUGCCGUUCGUGGUUUUGUGUGAAAAGAGAUUCCUGCAAACAGUUAAAAUUGCGAAAAUGUUAAAAUAAUGCAGUAAAAUGGCCGAGCGCAGUUUUAAAAUUGGCCAAAAUGUGCAAAUUGUGGGUAGAAAUCUGCGUGGGCAAAUAGCGUACGUGGGUUUGACCAGUUUCUCACCGGGCAAGUGGAUAGGCGUGGUGCUGGACGAAAAAGAUAAAGGCAAGAAUAAUGGUACUGUCAAGGGCACUACCUACUUUAAAUGUCCUGCUAAUUGUGGACUCUUCGUACGGCCAGCACAAUUGAUUUUAAUUCGGGAUUGUGAAACCGAUGAAAUGACAGAGCCAACAGCUUUAGAGGCUAGCAAAAGCAGUGGCGUGAAACCAGCGGGAAGCGAAAAAUCUGCAACAGCAACGCCAGCAAGCGGGAAAGCAGUGGAAAAGAGUGAAACUAAGAGUCAAAAGUCUGAUGGAUCAACAACUGUGCAUACGGAAGCACCUAAUAUCAACACAACAGCAACUUCGAAUGGAAAUCUGCUGAAGGCAACCAAAAUUAAUCAGCCGUUGCAAGCGAAUCAGCGUGUUAUCUCCUCCAAUACUCAACUGGAACUAUCCUUUACGGGUGCAACCGUAUCAGUGGCGGCACCAAAGCGCAGUAAAACUACAGUUAGUCCUUCAGAGUCAUUUUGUUGUGUAAGGCAGCGUUCAGCAUUUGUGGAAACGGGCUUUCUGGAGAUACUGCAUACACAAUUCACACCCGGUCACCCAUUACGCUCGCCCACUGUGUUCAACCUCAACAAUGGAUCGCACAGUGCUCUGGCAAUCAGCCCCACAGAGCAAUUGCAACAACAGCAACGGCAACAACAGCGAUAUAAGGAUUUGGAGGAACAAAAUGCCAAGUUAAAUGACGAAUUAAAUGAGUUGAAGAGUCAACGCUUAGAAGACAAACGGCGUUUGCACGAACUCGAAAAGAUCCGUUUGCAAAAGGAGCACUUAAGCGAGUUCAAAACUCAAAUUAUGGAGCAGCAUAGCAUGCUGCAACGGGAACUGCAACGCUGUCGACAAGAGCUGAGGGAGGCUAACGAACACAAGACCAUGUAUAAACGUGAACUGGAUGAAGUGGCUGAGAACAUUGAACUGCUCACGUUGGAUAAGGAAAUGGCAGAAGAACGUGUUGAAACGCUGCAAAUAGAAUUGGAAACAGCAAAUGAGCGUGUUGAAGAACUGAUGCUAGAUAUUGAAAUCUUGAGAGCUGAGAAUGAUAAUGCAACAUCAGCUACAACUGGCGUACGUACAGAUAAUGGGUUGAAGGAAGAAAUAAUACAGCCGUCAGCGACAGAAAUCAAACGUCUCGAACAGUACAAUCAACGACUGCGUGAGACGGUUGUGCGACUGCGCGAUGUUUUGACACACGAAAAGCAAGACCUACAAAAGGCCAAAAAAGAAUUGGAGACGAAAACAUCCGAAAUCUCAGAACUUAAGAAAACCAAGGAGAUACUUUCGAAGCGCAUCGAUGUAAUGGAAAUGCACAUAAUCGACUUAAAAGAACAAGUCGACGCUGCACUUGGUGCGGAAUCGAUGGUUACAUCCUUAGCAGAAUCUAAAAUAGAACUAGAAGAGCGUGUCAAAUUAUUGGAGGAGGAAGUAAUAGAGCUCGAGGCCCUGGAAGAGAUUCACGAACAAAUUAUUGAAGGUAACCAAGAACUAGAAUUGGAUUUACGUGAAGAAAUUGAUGCUCUCAAUUUAACGAUCAAAAUGUUGCAAGAGGAAAAGAAUAAUACGCUAGAAACAAUAUAUGAUCGAGACGUAACUAUUAUGAAAUUUAGAGAGCUUGUCAAAACAUUAAAUAACAAUAUACUCUCAAAAGAUCCGCCAACAAAUGUAUUGGGCAUUGCUACAGGUACUGGCACUUCCACAUCAGAUGAUCUCAGCAGCACCCUCUCCAAUCAGGACGAAACUCAAAGUAUCGACUUCAAUCAAAUGUUCUCCGUGACGAAGGCUUGCGAAAGGGCCAUCGACUCGCGGCUAAAUGCAAUUGAACUCAAACUGUGCAAAGCUCACAUUGGGCACCUUCUAGCGUUUGUGCCCGAGGAGAUCAUGCUGCGCGGCUGCGAAUAUGACAUCAUAUUGGUGCUGCUCUUACUGCAGCGUUUGUAUGAGAAAAUCGAGAUUAUUUGCCACAUAAUUAAUGAAAAGUUUCCAUCAUCCUGUGAGUUUGCCAAAAACACUAUAUUCGAGGGAUUCUCCGUACACCGGUUCGCUUUCCGUUGCAAAUGCCUAUAUGUAUUGCGCAGCCUUAAGCUGGUCAUUAAACAGUUAAUUUUCGGUUUGAAUCACUGCGAUUAUGAGGUGUGCACACAUGCAGCUAUUUAUCGCGGAGAAAUGGAAACGCAGGAGAAAUCUAUCGAUGAAUUGAUUAAACGCCUAAAAGGUGACAUGCUCGAUGAAAAUACACCCAUGGAAUCGGUGGAACGAACUCUAUCAUUUUUCAAUACGCUUUACACCAACCUCAUUUGCUCGCAAAAUCUUGCCGAGUUAAUAGACGAACAACAACUCUACGUUAUGCUAGUGGAAGUACUGGAUGUGUGCCUGGACUGCAUCAAUACUAAUGCUGGCAUACUGCACACAAUUAUACAGUUGGGAGAUGAAAAUACCGAAUCAUUUUGGGCCAUGCAAUUUCUAAUGGAAAACGUUAAUCAAUUCAAGCAAAAAUUACGCAAAUUACAACGGAAACUUCCUGCUGCUGCAGUUGAUAUUUCAGCCAUGCAGCAACAACAAAUUCAGCGCAUACAGCAUAUACUAACUACGAAUGAACAUUUCGGCCGAUUUAUUAAUAUUUUAAUAGCAACAGCCAAAGAUGCAACGAAGGACAUAUCAACAAGCAGCUUCUCCGCCAAUGGAGAGCGCCUAUGCGACGCAGCCAUCGAACAUAAAAAGCUUUGGAAAAUCAUUAUUACGAACUGUACAAAAUAUGCUGCUGAGGAAAAACCAACACCAAUUGCCUUAUUCCAUCAUUGCAUUCAGCAGCUCGACGAAAUAAUCAAUGAGCUCACUAUUUUCAUCUCGGAGAAUGAGUCUGUGCGCAGCGCAAACAAAAAUACGAUGUUCGUACGCUCUUCCGCUACUACGCUGCUGCAACGCUCAAUGCAAUUAAAGCAACAUUCGGAGGAUAUAAAGAGUUUGAAGCACUCAUUGACCGAACGGGAUAAGGAAAUCAAAACACAGAAAUACUUGGCGAAAAUGAAACAGAACGAAUUUUCCGAAAUGCAAAUACGAAAAGAGAUCGCCGAACGGAACUUGUCAAAGGUGCAACGCAGCCAAGAGGAAGCUCUGACGCAAAUUACGGAAUAUAUAGAACAAUUCGACAAGCUAAUAUGCCAACGUGAGCAUAUAAUCGCGCAAUCAUUCAAUAUUAUAAAAGAGAAACUAUUUGCCAUGGAACAGAACCAUGCACGUCUUGAGCAGAAACUUAUCUCACGCAAGGCAGUCAUCAAUAUUUCCACAGACGAAAGUUAUCGUGAAAUCGAAACACUUAAUAAGUGCUUACGUUACGAACGGGCGGAACGUUGUAAGCUGCACAUCGACGAAAUGAAGUUGCGCAUGCGCAGCUUCGAGCCACUAUAUGUGCCACACCAAAGGCGCAUGGUAGACGCAACGGAAACCCGACUCGCCAAGGAGUUACUAACGCUGAAAAACCAAUGGAUUCUUUCACAUAUCAAAUUAAAACCGGUUACGGAAAACGAACGUUGCACGCUAAAACGAAAAUCAAAUGAACUGCUGCAACGUACAUGGAGCACAUACUUUAAGACACAUCCUCACCGCAGCGCAUCAAAUAAUUUCGGCGCUUUCGGCACGAAAGAUGUAAACCAAAUAUUUAAUUAAGAUAUUUUUAGAACUCGUGCCGUCAGCAUUUCCUUUCACUUCAAAAAUAUAACGGUGGCCUAUAGAUAUGUGAAUUAAUAAGUUUUUUUUUGACUAAAUUAGUUUGAUGCUAAGGCAUUGAUAAGUGAUUGUCGUAGUUAUUGGAAGGUAAUAUUUUUCGUUAAUUCGCCCAACUCUUUAGCUGAUCGAGUUGAGGAUUAUAUUCUUAUGAAAACUUUUUAGUGAAAAUUGUCUCUAUAGAUAUAACAAAAAGCCUUUUUAAUGUGAUUUUAAUGUGAUCAAGAACACAAAUUAUUUUUUAAACACUAUGGAUUAUUCUAGAAAUGGUGUAUAUGAUUUUCAAAUUUCUUUUUUAUGUUAUAUUCAUUCAUUCAGAUUCAAUCAAAAUCCUUCUGAAAACAGUAUUACUUAAAUUUCUCAUCUUUUAAUUGAUGAAACCAAAAAAAGAUGAAUAAUGAUAAUAAUUAAUGAAUAGUAAUAAAUAUAAAAAAGAAAACAUUGGAAAUUAAUAGUCUUCUCUAGAAUAUUAUUUUUAUUACUACCAUUAUAUAUUGUCACCUGAAAUGCAAAACUACGUAUCAUCAAAAAAAUCGAAAUUGUCUUUUUUAUUGCUUACAGUUUACUGCAUACAUUAUGUAAUAUAUGUUUAUAAAAUUUUAACAUCCCAGGUUAUCAGAUAUAACCAAUAUAUAACCGUUUUAUAUAACCGAUAUAUAAUCAUUUUAUAACCGAUAUAUAACCAUUUCAUAACCAAAACUCAAAUUUUGUUUCCAUAUGUGUGGUUUGGUUUCUAAUAUAUCGUUUUUCCUACGCCUGUAGACUUAUGAAAAGUGAUGUAAUGUUAUUUUGCAUUUUAGAUGACGAUAUGUAAUCACAUACAUAUGUAUGUAUAGUAUAUACAAUAUAAUAAAUUAUAACAAAUAAUAUAACUACUUAUUAUAUCCAUUGUCUCAACUCUGGUAAUAGCAGUAUAAAGCUUUGUUAUUGGCUCUACGGAUAUUUAUUAAAUUAUAGCCUUAUAAAUAUUGUUAUUUACAAUAAUCGAAAAAUUACUCUUUGCUAACAAAAUUUAGCAUACUUUAAACAAAUUUUUAGUGCAUUUAAUGAAAUUGAAAACAUCGUAGUUUAAAGGCAAAGUUUAGACAAAAACUGGUAGAAUAAACUGGAGAGAAGCUUAAUGAGUGUGUAACACUAAUUAAAAAUCAGCAGUAGCAUGUAUUUAAUCUCUUGUUUAUUAAACUUAUUUUAAACUACCUACAAAAAGCAGUUAUAAUAAAUAAAAGUUAGGUCUUCAUACAGAUUAAUGGAGUAUUUUUUGAAAAUUGCGAAUAAAUUAUUUAGCUUCGUUAA